UAUUCACAAGACAAUUGGAAAUGUUCUCUACAUUAUUAGCCCUGCUCUCAGUGGCAACUUUCAGUUGCGCAUUGCACUUGCCGGUUGACCCAGAACUUCUAUUGAAAAAAGGACCAAUCAACAAUCGCAUCGUUGGAGGAGAGGACACACCGAUAGAGACAAUCCCUUGGCAAGUGUUGCUGCUAAAACUAGGACGGCCUUACUGUGGUGGCGUCGUCUACAGCAAAAACAUCAUAAUAACAGCCGCCCACUGUGUUUGCGAUAACUAUGCCAAUAUUCUUGAUCCCAAGAUUUUUGAUGUGCGCGUUGGCAGUAGUACGUCUAAUAAUGGUGGAUCGGUUAUUAAAGUUGCCAAGACAAUCGUGCAUGAUCGUUUUACACUUUAUCCAAUAAUUGAAUAUGACAUCGCACUAAUUUUGCUAAGUUCGCCCCUUGAAAUGGGUCCAACUGUCAAGGCCAUUCCACUAGCAGAUUCAAUUCCUAAUGACGGAGCUUCAGCUAUAGUCUCUGGAUGGGGAUAUACGGAAACUGGAGAGUCUCCGCUCCAUCUGAAAAGUGUAUAUGUGAACAUUGUAAAUCGCGAGGAGUGCGCCAGGGCUUAUAAUAUAGAAAGUUCGAAAGCAACAAUCUGUGCUGCUUCCCCUUGGAAAGGCUUUUGUAAUGCAGAUUCUGGUGGACCAUUGACUUACAAUGGUAAACUUGUGGGCAUUGUUUCUUUUGGGCCUACUAAGCCUUGCGGUCAUCCCAAUGUUCCUGGUGUCUAUGCAGAUGUCGUGGAGCUUCGAAAAUGGAUCGAAGAGGAGGCCAAAAAACUAAGCUCAACGUGAGACAUUUAUGAAUUAAAUUGCAAAAAUAAACGUAAAAAUGA